GCUUACCGUUGUACUACUACUUGUAGACGAAACAACUAGUACUAAUCAACUGGCAAUAAACACUAUAAACUGCGUACUUAAAUACUAGUCAACAUCUGGUACGUGCCAUUUGACAGCAGCCUUGCAACUUCACAAGUACUAUUCUUCGAAGUGCAAAUGCAAGAGACUACACUGAAGACAAAUCAGUCCAAGGCCAGGGUAUUUCAUCUGCACUUUUUUCAUCUGGGUGUAAUAACAACAAGUAGAAUAAAAUACUUGCGCUAGCCUGCAAUGGAUUCAAGCGGGAGCAAUGACAACCAAUUCAUUGCAUCCGUAAAUGUCGAAGAUAAAUCUAAAAGCAUUAGUGGAGGCCCAGUAAAUACUUCACUACCCAACCUUGUGUGCGAGCUAGCAAGCAUGCAUAAGGAACAAUCACUGACAUUGGAAAAGCAGCAGCAUGUCAUCGUUGAUCUAAAGAAACACUUAGCAAAAACCCAGCAUGAAGUGAAGGUCUUGGAUGGGGAACGGGAGCAAAUCAGCAGGAAACACUCCUCAUAUGAGACAAUGAAGUGCAAACUUGAAUCAACAUGCACAUAUCUGCUAACAUGUCUGAAUGAUGUUGUAAAUGAGAACUUUGGUCUAGCCGGCCAGAUUCGAGAAGUGAAUGGAAAAUUCUCAUUCCAGGAGAGAUUGUGUGCGAACUACGGCACUAUGAUGAAGCAAUAUACGGAGAAAGUUGAUGAAGGGGAGGCGACUCACUACACCUAUCAGCGGCUGACACAGCAGCAAUCACAGCUGACACAGUUACAGCAAGAAGAGGCGAGGCUGUUUGCAGAAGAGGAUUAUGCUCAGGUCAUCAGUGGAAAGCUGGCAGGACAACUGGAACAAGAGACAAGCUCACUGCAGCAGCAAGUGAAUCAGCAAGAGCAAGAUAUCAACACAAAGCAAGAGCAGGUGGAAAAAGAAAAAUCAAAACAAUCGCAGCUGAAUCAAGAUAUUCACGUUUUACAUAAGAGAAACGGUGCUCAGCUGCUAAGGAUGAGAAGGCAACUGAGACAGUUGCAGGCCAGGAAUAGACAGUGGAGCAAGGAAGCAUCGGAGCUGGAACACACGGUUGAACAGCUGAGAAGAACCACGAGUUGUGUGUGAAUAAAAUGAGUUGUUUGUGUGUUUAUAUUUACACCACAAAUUGUACCCGCUUUCAUGACAUUAUAAUUUCUAUAGAUAAAACGCGGUAUUCAAUGCA